UCAGCGGCCUCUCCCUCCGAGACGGUCGACAUGCCCAUUUCUCAGCCAGCCAAACGAACCGCGACAGAUGCUGGACUGCGACCGAAUGGUACUCGACCAGCGAAGAGUGUCAAGAGGAGAGCUUCCAAAGCUUGCCAAUGUUGUCGCUCGCGAAAGGUGCGCUGUAAUGUGGUCGAGCAUGGACCGCCUUGCACCAACUGCCGGCUGGACGAGGUGGAAUGCAUUGUUUCCGAGAGCAAGCGAAAGAACCUCUCCGCAACAAAACAAAGGCCUCGCGUUCAAACCCACCACAGCUUUCCCCAUGUCCGCGCAACCUCCAUACGAACCAAUGCGGCGAGCUUCGGAACAUGUACCCCACACCGUCUUCGCGUGGAGUGGAGGUGGGCUGACGGGUUGAAUUCGCGUAACACAGACCAAGACAUCGGCCGAGAUAUCGCCUUGUCAAGCCGUAGUCGCAGCAGCUCCAUGUAUGCGCCAGACAUGCUCGCUCUGCAUCGUCUGGGCCCGAAACCAUCCACGUCCGAGCCAUCGCCGUUCAUCAACAGCAUCAAUUCGCCGAUAUCCCCGCUGCAUUCCCUGCCACUGUAUAUCAAGCCAUUGCCGACGAAGCUCGAGCCGGAGGAUCUGGCGUAUUUGGAAAAGAGAGGCGCUUUGACGAUUCCACCCACGACGUUGCGGAAUGAGCUGCUCAGGAAUUAUGUCGAAUUCGUAUACCCUUCCAUGCCGAUGCUCAAUAUUCACGAUCUCGUCGCGACGAUUGACAGGAAUGAUGGGAUUCAGCCGAUCAGCUUGUUGCUGUUUCAGGCGAUUAUGUUCUCAGCGGUCGCCACGAUCGAUAUGCGAUUCCUUACAGCUGCGGGAUACUCGACUCGGAGGGAUGCGAGAAGGGACUUCUUCAAGAAGACCAGACUUCUCUACGACUUUGAUGUCGAGAUUGAUCGCAUCUCGCUGAUUCAGUCUUUGCUGAUGAUGACUUACUGGUACGAGACACCGGAUGAUCAAAAGGACAGCCACCACUGGAUGGGCAUUGCAGUCUCGCUUUCCCACACGAUCGGCCUGCACCGCAACCCGGACAAGUCUCCAGCGAUGGAUCCCGCGAGGAAGAAGCUGUGGAAGAGAAUCUGGUGGUCGACCUACCUGCGAGAUCGCCAAGUCGCUCUGGGCAUGCGCCGCCCAACACGCAUCAAGGAUGCUGAUUUCGACGUGCCCAUGCUCGAAGUCAGCGACUUUGACGUAGCCCUCCUCCCAGAAGGCGACUCAUGCAUCCCGGCAGACUGCAAAGUCCUGCGAGACUUGGACAGCCAGAAGCAGCUCGCACAAAUGUGCAUGCAAACCGCAAAGCUAUCCAUCUGCAUGAGCCACGUCCUCUCAGUCCAGUACUCCGUACUAAACAACAACCACGGCGUCGUCGACGAAGAAGGCAGCUCCCGAACCACCGUCCGGCUCGUAGCCCGCCAACUCAACCCCGAAGUCAACGAAGUCCAAACCUGCGACAAAGAACUCCAAGAAUGGCACGACGCGCUCCCCUCCGAAGCGCAAUACGACACACCAACCUGGUCCGACGUCGACAACGGCAACCGCUCCGUCGUGCUCCACCGCUCCCUGCUCCACCUCAUGUACUACGCCGCCUUAUCCGCCCUGCACCGGCCCCAAGUCCUCCCCUCCACCGCCGUCGCUCCCCGCCGCUUACAAUCCGAACUCCUCGAACACUCCCGCAAAACCGUCCGUCUCGCAGCGACCGAAAUCACCCGCAUCGCCUACCAACUCUACACCCUCGACAUGGCGCGGUUCUUCCCUUCCACCGGCAUCACCGUCCUCCUCCCCGCCAUCAUAAUCCACCUCCUCGACAUCAAAGCCCCCGACGAGUCCACCCGCCGCCACUCCCUCCAAGGAUUCUGCCAAUGCAUGCAAAUCAUGGGCAAGUUGCGGGACAUCUACGCGGCCGCCGACUACUCCACCGCCUUCCUCGAAGCGGCCAUCCGAAAAGCGGAAAUCACCCUC